CCAGCCAAAUGUAAGAUUAGAGCUAUUAUGAUAUAUGUGUGGCAGAACAGGUGGGACAGCUAGCCCUCUAAAAUGUGGGUGGACAACGACUCAAAGAUCGUGUAGGGCUCUUUUUUAUUUUCUUAGUAGUACAGGAUAAGGCAGGAAGGUUUAGAUUUUCUUCAUAUUUGUUUAUUUAUUAUUUUAGUUUGUAACCUGUGAUUGACUACACUCCAGUACAGUAGGUGGCGGCAUGCACCUCUAACGGUUGUUUACGGACCGCCAUAACACCAUAAACGAAGAAGCCGUAGUAAACGAAAGUGUACAGUGACCAAGAGCCAUUUAAUUGUUGUUAGACGUUUAACACCCUGGAACUCAACAUAAUAUUAAUUUAACCGCACAGUAUCACAUACUUACUCCCGGUAUUCUUUAAAUGUAAUUGGAGACGACUUGGUUGAUAGAUGUGAACUAGGUAACGCUAGCUAGCUGCUAACAAUGGCUAACUGUAUGGUUUUUCACUCUCAAAUGGCCUCCAUUAUGGAGGUUCUAGCGAAUGCAGCUGUGGCUGAGAUAUGUAAACUCGUAGAUGACGACUAUGCAGUGUUUCGUUUGGAAAUAACUCAAAGCCAGAAAGAAAACAGGGCAUUGCGGAGGAAACUACAGCUACUGGAAAUUAAGGUGGCACGGGACCGCGCAGAGAGGACAAUGCGAGAGCGCGUCCUCGCCAGUCAUCCCUGUAAUGUCAAGAUCCUCGACCGAUACAGAGGAAAGGCAAAAGGUGAAGGACAUCUCACUGGAGGCCACAGGAGCUUUGUGAAGCCAGCAGGACAAAAUACAUGGCGAGAUGACCACCCAAUCACUGUUGAUGAGGGGAUAGGAAACUCAACCCAUCAUGUUAUAGAGUCUGCAGAUGCAGAGGAUGCAGGUCCUGGGGUCAAGCAGGAGAUGACUGAAGGAGAGGAGGACCCACGGCACAGCAGAGACAUCCAGACUGGUGUGCCCCCUGUAGCCACGGAGAACCCCUCCACCUCCCAAGAGCAGUCCAGGACCCAAUGCAGCAUCAUGGAGGUCAGUGGAACGCUGAACGCCAUCCUCAAGUCAGAGACAGACACCGAGACUUUAACGGGGAUAAACCGACUGGGCUGUCAACCUGCUCCACGCUCAGAGUAUUUACUUUACGGCAACCUGAGCCCAAGGACUGUUCUGUCCCAUCGGGACUCAGGUGACACUUUACAGACUGUCAAUGAUCCAUCUUGUUCAUACACUACAGAGACAGAGAUGAUACCUGGUGACAUGCCUGUGGUAUUAGAUACACAGACUAAUCCAAUGAAAGUGGACUGGAACCAGUACAGUAGUAUAGGAUACUCGGAAGGGUGCCGAGAUAAGAAAGAGGAGGGUCUGGUCGUAGAUGAGGUGACUGUGAAAGUGGAGGGCGACGCUCCUCCCACAUGGAAUGCAGAUUGUCACUUAGGAGACGGACACUCACAGGGCAGAGAUUUCUUAGAUUACAGGGAAAGCUUAGAGACAAAUCUAAAUGUCACAACCCAGUCCCCUUUACACUCGUUCAGGGAUCGCAACCUAGUGUCAACAUCGAUGGGGCCUUCCGAUUCACAUGGCCGCGUCCUUUUCGAUCAGGUAUUGAACUCAAACGACAGGGCUAGAGCCCAGGUUCGGGGAGGAGGGUCCACAUCAGGCAAUAGUAAAGAGAAACGGUUCCUCUGCAUGUUCUGUAACAAAAGCUUCAGCUGCUCCCAGAAUGUGGAGAUCCACCAGAGGGUCCACACAGGGGAGAAACCCUUCAGCUGUACCCAGUGUCAUAUGCGCUUUGCCCAGGCUGGCCACCUGAAGAGGCACCAGAUGGUCCACACAGGGGAGAAACCCUACAGCUGCCCCCAGUGUGAGAAGAGGUUCUCCCGCCAGGACCAGCUGAAGAUCCACCUGAAUGUCCACACGGGAGAAAGGCUGUUUGCAUACAAACGCACUGCGGGAAGAGGUUCUCAGAGAGGCUCUACCUCAGGAUGCACCAGCAGAAAAAACAUUCCCCUCUAACAUAGAAAGUAACCAUUCCACUCAAUAGCUUCUGACGUUUAGAUCAAACCCUGCAUCAACAACAAAGAAGACUUUUCAGCAAUAAAGAUCCACAGAUUCAUUUGGAAUAACAAGAGUAACAGAUUUCAGUGUUGAAUAUUCCUGGGUAGAAUAUUGCAUCCAGACAUUGUGUGAUGUACAAUGGGGUCAGAAAUUAUUGACACACUUGAUAAAGAUGAGUAAUAAUGUCUUUAUAAAAUAAAUCAUUCAAACACUGAGCUAUAUUGUAUGUCAUUUUAAAAAUCUAAAUAUAAUGUAUUAUUUUAUACUAAUUAAAUUGCUCAGAGAACAAUAUUUAGUUUAACAAGUAAUAUUUUUUUUUCUCAAAAAGUUAGAGGUCAAAAUUAUUAUCACCGCUAAAGAUUCUUCUAGAUAAAGUAGUCAAGUUUGAUAUUUGGUUCCAUAUUCCUAGCAUGCGAUGUCUAAAUCAAACUUGUGACUUUACAAACUUAUUGGAUGCAUUUGCAGUUUUGGUUGUGUUUCAGAUUAUUUUGUGCCCACUAGAAAUGAAUGGUAAAUAACCUUUUACUGCAGUGGGCUAAAUCAGGGUCACAGAGUGUUUCUUGGUAGUCUUAAACAAAUCUACUUUGAAACAAAAGUACACUCCUCACACACAUGGUUAUGGGCUUAAAAAAGAAGACACUUGUACCAUGUCUGGUAUAGAGUUGAAAUGUAUAAAUGUUUGGCUUUGCAUAACAAUAUUAUACUUCAUAUACAUCAAAGACUGAAAUAUAACAAAUAGUUUGAAAUAGAAACAUCGGAUUUGACUUUUGCUUUUAAAGAAUGUCUAUCAAUAACAUUCCACCCAUGAGGUCUCUAGUGGGCAAUUUGGUUAGUUGACUGCAGGAAUUAAGUAUUUUUUUCCCAUAUUCAUAGCAUGCCAUGACUACAUCAAGCUUGUGACUCUACACAUUUGUUGGCGCAUUUGCAGUUUGUUUUGGUUGUGUUUCAGAUUAUUUUGUGCCCAAUAGAAAUGAAUGGUAAAUAAUGUAUUGUGUCAUUUUGGUGUCACUUCUGUUGUAAAUAAGAAUAUAAUAUGUUUCUAAACACUUCUACAUCAAUGUGAUUACUACCAUGAUUACUGAUAAUCCUAAAUAAAUUGUGAAUAAUGAGAAAUAUCAUACACACAA